CUCUCAGCUUCUGUCUUACAUGCGUGGUUAAUUGGAUUUAAAAACGUAUUCCUCAUGAAAGAGUCGACUAUUUAUGACGAGACUGGAGGAAGGUUAACGGUAAUCGUAUGUAACUUGAGACAUUUUUUUAUUACACUACAUUUCCACGAAAGCAUUUGAACAAAAGUAGACUUUGGAUUUAGGUACAUAAUAACUUUUCAAAACUCAUGUCCAACUUGACUUAGGAUUAAAGUUCCAAUUUCAUGACCAGUAGUUUGAGGCUAGUAACUUGUCUCAUCCUCAGCAAACUAUAACUACCAGAAAAUUAUUAUUUUUAAACCAAAGUGAUAAAAAUUAUUAUAAACAAUUCGGAUUUUAUCGUGCCUACUUUUUUUGAUACGCCUAAUUGUGUCGUAAUUCGGAGUCCGAAUUUCGGACUAUUCGAAUCACAAUGAGUCGCAGCCCAUCUUUUGCCCCAUGGAUCAAUCCAGGACUUUUCCUAUCGUUUAUCCUAACAUCGUUGGUUGCAUUUGUGGAUAUUACGCUUGGCAUCAUAACACUGUUCUUGUGCUACUACCCAAUCUCUGAGUUUGACAUGAUUCUAGAAAUGUUUGACGAACUGAAUUAUAAAAACGACGUAGCCUGGUGGGGUGUCACGUCGAUUCCACUCUUUGCAGCUUUGGGACUGAUUAGUGGGUACAAUCAGCUAAUGGGUAUCUGUCAUAAGAAGAAGGAUUCGUCUUCAUUUUCUUGGAAAAUCACAGUUUUCCUCUUGUUCUUUGUCAGCGAAGUUUUCGGAUUUAUUUUACCAUUCAAAUUAGUUGAGGACUACGAGAAGAAAGUUACCCUAAUCUUGGGGUUACCAAAAGAGGGGAACGGAAAAUACAUCGUUUUCAACCUAUUGCUCGUAAACACGGUCACGAUCGGACUCUUUGUGUACCAAGUAGUCUCUUUCGCCGUCGUGUUUAAUCAUAGUCGAUUAAUGGCGAAAAAGUUGUUGGAGGAACUGAGGAAGGAAGGUCUCCAUAAGAAUGUCAACAAGGAUGUUGAAAUGGGCACCCUGGACUCGAAGGCCACUUUAGGGCAAAGUCCAGUUGUCGAAUCCACGUAUCCACAACUGGAUCAAUUAAUGGAGGACUUGCCACCACGAUACUUGUACCCGUUAGUGCCAGAAGAUUUGGAAAAUAGCAGCGUUAUCCCAACACCAUCCAUGGCUUUAUUCUUGAGUAAACAGGGACAUGUUGGGAUACAAAAAAUAGGGAAGGCUGAAGCUGAAAUUAGUAAAUUUGUCCAAAUGAAAGGGGCUCAAUUAGCUAAAGGGAAAUUAUUUGAAGAUCCUGACUUCCCAGCCAACAAAGUUUCAUUGGGAAGAUGGGAAGACCAAGUCGAGUGGAAGCGUCCUCAUGAAAUUAAUAGCCAAGCGAAAUUCUUUUCGGAUGGUGUUACCCGGUUUGAUGUAAAGCAAGGGAAGCUUGGCGACUGUUGGUUUCUGGCUGCAUUGGCAAAUCUAACACUGAAUGACACCUUAUUUGCUAAAGUGGUUCCGUUUGACAACGAAUGGUUCGGGGGUAAUGCUUACGCUGGAGUGUGUUAUUUCAAUCUCUUUAAGGAUGGGAAAUGGCGACAGGUUAUCAUUGACGAUAGGUUACCGACCAGGAACGGGAAACUGAUUUAUAUGAGCUCUUCCGAUCCGACAGAAUUCUGGAGUGCUCUUAUCGAGAAAGGGAUGGCUAAACUUUACGGAUCGUAUGGCAAAUUGGACGGAAAUGAUGGCAUCGGACCCGCCAUGGUCAACUUGACUGGAGGAACUGUCGAACGCCAUCACGUUAGAGAUUUUAAAGGAAACAAACUUAUCAAACUCUUCGGACUGAUUUCGGUGACUCUUUCCGCAGGAAAAAUGGUUGGCUGCUGUUGCUCCAUACCGGGAAGGUCACGUGGGAUUAUCGGGGGACAUGCUUAUUCCAUUACAAAAGUUCAGAAAAUCAAAUUUAGAAACGGGAAGGAAACUCCGUGCAUUCGGAUUCGGAAUCCGUGGGGAAGUGCGACUGAAUGGGAAGGAGAAUUUUCUGACAAACACCCAGUUUGGAAUCUUGUGGACAAAAAGAUGGAGAAGGAACUCAAACUGCGAUUUGAGGAUGAUGGAGAAUUUUGGUUCCCGUUGAAGGAAGUGAUAACAUAUUUUUCGCAUGUUGAAAUCUGCCAUAUUGGUACUUAUGCUAAUUGAGUUUUUGAAAGUCUCACUUUAUUGAUUUUGUUUACAAUAUGUAAUCUCUUUUACUUAUAAUGAUGUUGGCAAAGCUAUUCAUUUCAUUUCAUACAAAUCUGUAAGCGUUAGUGUUUUCUGUUAGAAUUUAUGGGGAAUUUAUUCGUUAUGCAUGGCGUCUGUACAUUUGACUACCUUUUUAUAGUAUCUAAGUACAUAAGUAGUCCUUUGAUAAUAAUAUCUGUGAUGUAGUAUCUCAUUAAAACUGGAUUCAGUCAUGUUGCGUAGCUGAGAAGAACACAGAUUCAAUAUUUACCUAACCCAAUUCGCAGUAAUUAUCAAAAUAAAAAUAUCUAAAUAAGUCUUGUACGUCUUUCAAUCAAAUAAAUGAAAAAUAUCGUAAGAGAAAACUAGAAAGUGUUUUUUCUCAAAAAUACAUAAAAAGUUCCAAAAUGUAUAUGCAAAAAACAACCGUAAAGUAAUUGAAACCAAAAAGUUUCGCUCAGCUCCUUAAUAAUGAUAAGAUAUGAUCGGAAGUGUUAUUCCAAAUUAUUAUUGACAAAUAAAUACAACUUGAGACUAGAAAGCAACAUAAAUAA